CCAUUUCUCUUCAUAGUAGUAUGUUUCAAGUGCAUAGUAACAUCAUGGAGAAACACAUUUUCUUAUUGAUACUUGCUAUCUUAGUUCAAUUUUACUUUGUUUCUUCUAUAUCAGCUACUAUUUUCUCAAAUGAGACUGAUCAAGAAGCUCUAUUAGCUUUUCGAAAUCUUGUUACGAGUGAUUCUAGUCAAUUUUUAGCCAAUAAUUGGACCAAAAAUACUUCAUUUUGCUCUUGGUUUGGUGUCACUUGUAGUCCAAAAAGGCAAAGGGUUGUAGCCUUGACUCUUCCUAAUUUGCAACUUCAAGGCACAAUUUCGCCUUCUUUGGCCAAUCUAUCCUUUCUCAUAGAGCUAAAUCUCACGAACAACAACUUCCAUGGUAACAUCCCUUAUGGCAUUGGCCACUUGCCUCGUUUACGAGUGAUUGAUAUUCAGAACAACCAGCUCCAAGGUAGUAUUCCAACAAGUCUAUUUCAACACCGGAGUGUUCAAAUCAUUUCAUUGGCUUUCAAUAAACUCGGUGGUGAAAUGUGGAACGGUACAUGGUAUGUACCGGAACUCAGAGUCUUAAAUCUCAGGAACAAUACCAUCACAGGUAGAAUCCCUCCUUCUAUUGGAAAUGCCACAAAGUUGAUGAACAUCAGUUUGAAUUGGAAUAGAAUCAACGGCAACAUUCCAAUGGAGAUCGGUAAUCUAAGCCAACUUGUAGAGUUGUCGUUGUCUCGUAAUCAAUUAACAGGUUCCAUUCCUUCAACAUUGUUUAAUAUCUCCUCCCUUCUCGUCGUGUCUCUGGCAUACAAUAGCCUUUCAGGUCCUCUGUUUCUUGAUGAUCGACGUAAUGUUCUUUCAUCAAACCUCGAGCAUAUAGGUGUAUCAUACAAUCAAAUCACUGGUCACAUUUCUUCCAACAUCUGCCAAUUCAAAGCUCUCAAAGUCUUGUCCAUAUCAUACAACAACAUAACUGGAGAAAUACCGAGAAAUAUUGGUUGUUUAGCCAAGCUCGAAGAGCUUUAUAUCGGUUAUAAUGCAAUAGAUGGAACAAUUCCUACUUCAUUAGGCAAUAUUUCCACUCUUCAAAAACUUCAUUGUGGAAACAAUCACAUGGAGGGAGAACUUCCUCCGGAAUUAGGAAAGCUAUCAAACUUAAGACAAAUCAAUUUCGAAGAAAAUUAUAAUCUUAUAGGUGAAAUUCCAAAUGCUAUUUUCAACAUAUCUUCUUUGGAAUUCAUUGCUUUCACUUUCAACUACCUCUCAGGUAGAAUUCCAAAUCUUCUUCAUCUUCCAAACCUUAUACAACUUCUCUUAGCAAACAAUCAGCUCGAAGGUGAAAUUCCUCGGUACAUCACAAAUGCUACCAAUCUUGAGCUAUUGGAACUAUCAGAUAACCUUCUCACAGGCAGUAUUCCUUAUGAUUUAGGAAAUCUUCGCGAGCUGCAAGAACUUUUCCUACAUCAUAAUCAACUUACUGAGUUGGGAUUCUUUGAUUCUUUGGUGAAAUGUAGGAUGUUGAGAUAUGUACAAGUGGGAUCGAAUCCGUUGAAUGGUGUUCUGCCAAGUAGUAUUGGCAAUCUUUCAUCUACUGUUGAAUACUUUCAUAUUGGAGAUGCACAAAUCAAUGGAUUCAUUCCCACUAGUACAGGCAACAUGAGUGGUCUUACAACGCUAGUUCUUCAAGAUAACAAUUUGACAGGAAACAUUCCUCGUGAGAUCGGUAAGCUUAAACAACUCCAAGGUUUAUUUCUAGUUAACAAUGAACUGCAGGGGGAUAUAGCAGAGGUAGUAUGUGAUUUAUCGAAUUUGGUUCGAUUAGCUCUGUCUGAAAAUGAGCUCUCGGGGGUGAUUCCGGAAUGUCUAGGAAGUCUUACCAUGCUACAACACCUUUUUUUAGGUUCUAACAAGUUUGAAUCAAAGCUUCCUUUAAGCUUUUGGAAGAUGAGUAGUCUUCUCUAUGUAAACAUGUCGCGUAAUUCUAUAGAGGGAGAAGUUCCAUCAGAUAUCGGAGAACUUAAAGCUAUUGUAGCAAUUGAAAUCUCUGGUAACCACUUUUCGGGGAUGAUACCAAGCAAUUUGGGGGAACUUCAAAACUUGAAGUUACUUUCCUUAUCGAACAAUUCGUUUUCAGGUCCAAUUCCAUUAUCCUUUUCAAACUUGAAAAGCUUGGAAUUCUUGGAUUUGUCUUUGAAUAACUUGUCAGGUACUAUUCCUAAGUCUUUCGAAAAGCUUUUGUACCUUACAAGCAUCAACGUCUCGUUUAAUGUUUUAGAAGGUGAAAUACCUAGUGGUGGUGUGUUUGCAAACUCCACCCUGCAAUCAUUUCGCGGGAACAAAGGUCUAUGUGGAAGGCAAAUAUUGGAGGUUCCUGCUUGUGCUGUCACUACUCCUGAACAACAACAACCAAAAUCGAAGAGGCUUGUGCUAAAAAUUGUCACUCCGGUGGUUAUUUCAUUCUUUCUGAUAUUCUUGUUGGUUGUCUCAAUUUGGAUAAUGAAACGAAAGAAGAAAGGAAAGUCCAAAGAUAUUGAAAAGGUUCCGGAGAUGAGGACUUAUCAAUUGAUUUCUUAUCAUGAGAUUCAACGAGCAACAAACAAUUUUGAUGAAUCCAAUUUGAUUGGCGUGGGAGGUUCUGGCUCUGUGUACAAAGCCACAUUACCUAGUGGAAUUGUGGUUGCAAUAAAGGUACUGGAUUUGGAAAAUGAGGAAGUAUGCAAAAGGUUUGAUACUGAAUGUGAAGUGGUGAGAAAUGUUAGACACAGAAAUCUUGUUUCGGUGAUCACUACGUGUUCUAGUGAUCACAUAAGAGCCUUCGUUCUGCAAUAUAUGCCCAACGGAAGUCUUGACAAUUGGUUGUACAAAGAAGAUCGCCACUUAAACCUUCGUCAAAGAGUCACCAUAAUGCUUGAUGUAGCUAUGGCAAUUGAAUAUCUACAUCAUGGUAAUGACACCCCUAUAGUUCAUUGUGACCUCAAGCCAGCCAACGUUCUUUUGGAUGAAGAUAUGGUGGCGCGUGUUGGUGAUUUUGGCAUCUCAAAGAUUUUAGCUGUAAGCAAGUCUAUGGCACAUACAAAGACAUUAGGCACUCUUGGAUAUAUUGCACCAGAAUAUGGCUCGGAGGGAAUAGUGUCCACUCGUGGUGAUGUUUACAGUUAUGGCAUCAUGUUGAUGGAGGUUUUGGCAAAAAGAAGGCCAACAGGUGAAGAGAUAUUCAACGAAAAUCUUGGUUUGAGGGAGUGGAUAACGCGAGCAUUUCCAAGAACUAUGAUGGAAGUUGUGGACGCGGAUAUUUUUCAUGAUGGAGAAAAAAUCACUUCCAAAAGUGAACUCUGCAUACUUUCCAUGAUAGAACUGGCUUUAGAUUGCACAAAGGCAACACCAGAAUCAAGGAUAACCAUGAAAGAUGUAGUCAAGAGGCUUAACAAAAUUAAGAACACAUUUUUGGAAACGUAGAAGUUAGUUAGAAUCUCUUUUAAUGUUGUUUUUUCUUACAAGUUGUAAGUUGAUACUCAAUCUGUUUGUCAUACUUUUUAGUCCGUUUUAAAAAGAAUGCCUCUUUUCUUUUUUGGGAACUCUUAAAUUCUAACUUUCUACAUGUGUAUGACAUGUUUAAGACCACGAG